AUGCCCAUGAAACUCGAAGGAAGCUGCCAAUGUGGCGGCGUCGAAUUCACCCUCGACUCCUCCACCCCGGUGCCCUACCAGCUCUGCGCCUGCAGCAUCUGCCGUAAGGUCGGCGGUCAUAUCGGCGCCGUGAACCUAGGUGGGAUUGCGGAUAGUCUCAAGAUCAAGAAGGGGGAGGGUUUGAUUAAAAAAUACAACGCCAUCAAAAACCGAGGCACGAAAGACGAACAGAAAUGCUCGUCGGAGCGAAACUUUUGCUCAAACUGCGGAUCUAUGCUCUGGCUUUGGGAUAAGACUUGGCCGGAGCUGAUCCAUCCGUUUGCGUCGGCGAUUGAUACUGACCUACCGGUUCCCGAGGAGAUGGUCUGUCUCAUGGGAGAUUCGAAGCCGGCGUGGGCACGAUGGCCUGAGGGGAAGAAGCUGGUGUAUGACCAGUAUCCGGAGCUGAGUCUGGAGGAUUGGCAUAAGAAGCAUAAUUUGUUUUUCGAGUAA